CACAAAGCAGUAGCACUGGUGGUGUGUGGCUCUCACUCUCACCCUCACUUUCAUCUUCUCGAGGUUCAAUUUCCUCUUUCACAAAACCAUUACCACUGUUCUUUGAUUGCACAAAGUGUUAGCGGAGGUGUGGGUGCAUGCAAUCUCUACAAUAAGGGGCGCAGCCAUUAAUCUCCAUAUCUGAAAACAGUGCGCUUCGGACUUCUGACUUGAUGAGCUCCCCAUGCCUUUAUUAGAUAUUGCUAUUUCACAGCCUUGUUCUUGUUUCCGCAACAAUAUAUUAGCAUUUAGGUCUGAGACUCGCUUUCAUAACAAACUUGUAGUUGGCAAUGAUAGGGGAUUGGGAUUGGGAUUGGGAUUGGCGUCUGCAUUUUCUUGGAAAAAAUUUUGCAUCACAGAAACGGUGGGUAGAAAUCAUAGCUUGGGAAGACUUGAGGUGCGGCGGGGUGGACUGAUGAUAAAGGCGGUUGCUACCCUUGAAAUUGGUAAAGCAACUCACAAAAAUGAAGUGGUGAAAGGGUAUGAAAACAGGUUGAGGUUGGAUAUUGAUUCGGUAAAGUCUAAUUCUCCUGCAUUUGAGCCACAAUCUUCAAGUGAAGACUCAACAGAAUUGGACGAGAGAGAGAGAUUGAGACGGAUGAGGAUUUCCAAAGCGAAUAAAGGAAACACACCUUGGAACAAGGGCAGGAAGCACAGCCCAGAAACCUUACGGCGGAUUAAAGAGAGGACUAGGCUUGCAAUGCAAGAUCCUAAGGUCAAGAUGAAGCUAAGCAACAUGGGGCAUGCUCAAAGUGAAGAAACAAGGAUGAAAAUUGGAGUGGGAGUCCGGCUAGGGUGGGAAAGACGCAGAGAGAAAUUGAUGCUGCAGGAGAAAUGCUACUUUGAGUGGCAGAAUCUAAUUGCAGAGGCAGCCCAAAAGGGUCUUUCUGGUGAGGAAGAAUUGCAAUGGGAUUCAUACAAGACCUUGGAUAAACAGCUUGAGAAGGAAUGGUUGCAGAGUGUUGAGGAAAGAAAAAAUAUGCCAAGGCCAAAGGGGAGCAAGAGAGCACCCAAGUCACCUGAGCAAAAGAGGAAGAUUUCAGAGGCGAUAUCUGCUAAAUGGGCGGAUCCUGAAUACCGUAAUCGGGUUUGCUCUAGUCUUGCUAAGUUUCAUGGAAUAUCGGAAAGGGUUGAAAGAAAGCCCAGGAGAAAGCCAAGUGGUGAUGGGCAGGCUCGAAAAAGAGGUCCGAUAAAAAAGGAUGAGACUGAUAAUCUUGUAAAGCGUGAGACUAAGAGCCCAGUCCAUCGAGUUAGAUCGAAGAGAAGGAAAGCACCAUCAUACAAGGAUCCAUUUGCAAGUUCCAAGUUGGAGAUGCUGAAAAACAUUAGAGCACAAAGAGCUGCUGCUAUGAGCAAAAGAAGUGAAGCUAUCUGUAGAGCAAAGUUAUUGAUUGCUGAAGCUGAGAAGGCCUCAAAGGCCCUUGAAUUAGCAGCGAAGACGAGCCCUCAUGUUCAGAAGUCUCUAAUGGAAAGCAGGAUGCUAAUUGCCGAAGCACUUCAGUUUAUUGAAUCCAUCGAGAAUGAAGAUCCAAUCUCUUUGGAAAAUGACAAUAGUCUUUCAGAGAAUUCAUCUGAACCAGUACCUCAUGUUGAAGAAGAUAUAGAUACAAGUAUUCAAACUCCGGAUCUCAUCAACCAUAGUACAGUAAAUGGAGUUCACAGCUUAUCCUCUAGCAAAACCGAGGACUUCAGUUUCAACAAGUUUGGCUUGCCAGAUUUGGUGAAUGGAAAUUGUUCGAGUUCUUGUCACAAUGAUCUGCAUGAAACCGAGCAAAAGUUUGAUCAGAUGCAUCCUAAUAGUUUUCUUUCACUUGAGUUGAACCACACAGUGAAUUGCUCCAAAUGUACAACGAAUCAUGCUGAUCCUGAACUAAAUCCUAACGGAGACACAGAACACACAGAGAAACCAUUAGGGGAUGGAUCGGAGUUCCAAUCUGAGAAUGUCGAAGCUAAAAUAAUCAAGAAAUGGGUUCGAGGGAGGCUGGUUGAAGUUGUGGAAGAAAUAUAGUUUAAUUACUUCAAGUACUCUAAAUUUCAUGCAUAGUUCUUCCAUCUAGCUAGAAAGUAUAGUGUAAUAUAGCUGCUUAUAUCAAAUUUUUGGCGCACAAAUAAUACUGAAUCUCAAACAAGUUAGUUUGACAAAGUGAGAGUUGAGGAUUGUAUUUCAUGUGUUAAUCAUAUCACAAGUGAAGAUGUUAACGUCGUCUUGUUAUCUUCA